CUGCCGCAUACAGUCAACAAGGAGACCAUGAAAAGGCUGUUGAAGAUGCCAAAAAGGCUUUGGACAUUGAUCCCAAGUAUAGCAAAGCAUACAGCCGCAUGGGGUAAAAGAAAACAACGAGUAUUUAACCAUUUCACUGAUGAUUUAUGUGGUUAGUCAUGCUUACUUUUGCUUGAACAAAUUCAAUGAUGCUGUUGACGCUUAUAAAAAGGGAUUAGAACUUGAUCCUGAAAAUGCCACAUUGAAGAACUCAUUAGCUACUGCUACUGCCAAAGCAAAUGCUUCUAGUGUAGAGCGUUCUGCCGAGCCAUCUCCAGCUGGUGGUUUACCCAACCUGGGUGCAGGUGGUAUGCCUGACUUGGGAUCUUUAUUGAACAACCCUGCUUUGAUGAACAUGGCACAACAAAUGAUGCAGUCUGGUGCUCUUGAAGGCUUAAUGAAUAACCCUGGCUCAACAAAUGAUGAGUGGUGGAGCACCUCCAAACUUGAAUGAAAUGAUGAAUAACCCAGAAAUGAUGAGAAUGGCGCGUGAGGCUAUGAAUGGCAUGAAUAAUAACAACAACAACAAUAACAAUAAUAACAAUGGAAAUUAAAAAGAGAAUUUACAAGUGUAUUUAAAAUGAACAAUAAAUUACAAGCAAAAAAACAACAACUUUUUUUUUUUUUUUUUAAU